AUGGCCCAAUUUUUCAAUCGCAUUGGUCAACUCGGAUUGGGAGUAGCUCUGGUUGGAGGAGUAGUAAAUUCAGCAUUGUACAAUGUUGAUGGUGGCCACAGAGCAGUAAUAUUUGACAGAUUUGCUGGUGUUAAAAACUUAGUAGUUGGUGAAGGAACUCACUUCUUCAUCCCUUGGGUUCAAAGACCGAUUGUUUUCGAUAUAAGGUCUAGACCUCGUAAUGUCCCAACUGUUACUGGAAGUAAAGAUCUUCAAAAUGUCAACAUCACCCUGCGUAUUUUAUUCAGACCAAUACCAGAUCAGCUUCCAAAGAUUUACACUAUUCUUGGUAUUGAUUAUGAUGAAAGAGUUCUACCAUCUAUAACAGCUGAGGUUUUAAAGGCUGUUGUAGCCCAAUUUGAUGCAGGCGAACUAAUUACACAAAGAGAGCUUGUGUCACAAAAAGUAAGUGAAAGUUUAACAGAAAGAGCAGCACAGUUUGGUUUGAUUCUUGAUGAUAUUUCUAUUACCCACUUGACGUUUGGCAAGGAGUUUACACAGGCUGUUGAGUUAAAACAAGUUGCGCAGCAAGAAGCUGAAAAGGCUAGAUUCUUAGUAGAAAAGGCUGAACAACAAAAGAAAGCUGCCAUUAUUGCCGCAGAGGGUGAUGCUCAAGCCGCUGUGUUGCUUGCUAAAUCAUUUGGAGCUGCUGGUGAAGGUCUUGUAGAACUUAGACGUAUUGAAGCAGCAGAAGACAUUGCAUACCAACUAUCCAAAUCACGCAACGUUACUUACUUACCUCAAGGACAAAAUGUACUCCUAAACCUGCCAACACAAAACUAA